AUGUUAAUAUAUUAUUUUAUAUAUAAAAAAAAAGAAAAAAAAAAAGGAAAGCUGAGGAUAAGGUCGAGGAGGCUGCCGUCGGAAUAACUUUUCCCAACCCGAAUUCAUUAAUCUAACUCGGCUAGUUUUAACUUGAAGUAACACUAGCGACAAGAUUUAUUAUCGUAAGACGAGGUUAGAUGGGGUUGGUUUGGAUAAGAAUGAUGUACCUAGGAUUAUACUAUCCUACUUGUGAGCAAUAUGAGCAAUACUGCUGCGUCGCCGUCAAGUUCGGAUGUUUUUAAUGUUGCAAAAUGCUAUAUAAAACGAAAAUCAAGUGUUUACUUUUCACCAUCUAUCAUUCCAAUUAAAUCCUAAUCGAGGAUCUCUGAUCUAUCCGCUGUUGAUGAUUUGAUAUCCGACGGUCCGAUUUGCUUGCUUUGUACUUACUAUGAUAGUACUAGAAUACAGGAUCAAUGCGCCCACCGAAUUAUGAUUAAAUUUCGGUGGCAGAUGGCAGGCGUGCCAACGUUAUUAGAAAGAACAAAAAUGUAUUUAACUCCAAGAGGGAACAGGGACACCGUAUUAGAGUCAACCAAAUUUGCAUCCAAUCUGAAUCUGACGCGUGUAAAGUUGGGCUGUGGACGGACACCUGCCGGUCACUCAAAGGAUUGUGGCAUACGUGUCGCUUGGGCAUUGGUGAUCGCUCAUCGAUUGGAGGCCCAUUGAAGUUGACGAGGUGAGGGGUGAGUGAUGAUUAAGUAAAGAAAAAUGGUAGUUGGAGAGAGAAAACACAUGGGGCAGGGGUUAUAUAAAGAGGGAAGGAGUUGCCUUAAUAUUCAGAGUGAAAAAAAGCGAGGCCACAACUGAAAGAGCGAUAGAUAAUCUCCGCUCCCGCUUGUUUCUGCAGCAGUGUUUGAUCUUCUCUCUCUUUCUCCCCCCCUCUGUAGCUCCCCGCUUCUCUGAAUCCCUUUCUGUCGUCGUCUGUCUUUCAACUACUUAUUUGGGGUUUGUUUUUAAACCGAAUUUAAUCUAAAAGAGGAAGCAAACUCACGAGGGUGUUUUUGAAAGUCAGGUGAUUCAGAAUAGAGAUCCAGGAUUUUUUUCUCCUGUUUGUGUAAAGUUUUAGUUUUAAUUUGAUCAGAAAUCAGAACAACUGAGAGGGUUAUUUUUCUUCCCUCUGGUUGAUUUUGGUGACCUCUUUGGCUCUUUGUUUGUGCCAAAAAAAAAAAAAAAAAAAAAUCGUUUGGUUUUUCUUGUUUUCUCCAAGUACCUGUUCUUUAAUUUUGGUAAGAAACAGGUUGGCUUUGACAAGGUUUUUCAGAUUUUAUUUUCUUCCAAUUUGUUUUUGUAGUCGAAGUAUUGUUUUUUUCCUCGACUUUGUUGGGAAGGCAUGGCAGCGGCAAUAGAUAUAUACAGUAGCAGCAGGACAGUCUUCUCAGAAAGAGAAGAACUUAUGAAAGCACUUGAACCUUUUAUGAAAGGUGCUUCAUCAACCUCUUCUUUAACUUCUCCUUAUCCCUAUCCCUCUACUUCAUCUCUCUCUCCUCCUUCUACUUCUUCUUCUUCUCUUCCCUUCUUCUCUUAUCCUCCAGACUCUACACAGCCCAACAUGUACCCUGAUUUUUGCUCGACAUCGACAACCCACAUGUUUUCUCAAGGGUUCUCAGGUUACGACCAAAUGGGUCUUGAGCAAACACGUUCAAUCGGGCUAAACCACAUCACCCCAGCUCAGAUUCUCCAAAUUCAAGCCCAAAUCCAGUUCCAACAGCAGCAGCAGCAACGCAUGGCUGCCGUGGCUACAGCUUCAUCUAUCCAGAACCAGAGGCUAAGCCAAUGGCAGCAGCAACAUAACCUAAACUUCCUCGGCCCCAAAGCCAUCCCCAUGAAGCAGGUUGGAACUCCCCCGAAACCAGCUAAGCUCUAUCGAGGAGUGAGACAGCGGCAUUGGGGAAAAUGGGUUGCGGAGAUCAGACUUCCUAAGAACCGUACCCGCCUGUGGCUUGGCACUUUCGAUACUGCAGAAGAAGCGGCUUUGGCCUAUGAUAAGGCCGCUUUUAAGCUCAGGGGAGAGUUCGCCAGGCUCAAUUUCCCAAAUCUCCGGCACCAAGGGUCACUUGUUGCAGGCGAAUUCGGGGACUACAAGCCUCUCCACUCCUCAGUGGAUGCGAAGCUUCAAGCCAUUUGCCAAAACUUGGCUAUUUCGCAGAAACAGGGGAAUUCAGGGAAGCCUGGCCUAGUCGCCGAUGCAAAGAUUGAAAGUUCCACCCAUCAGGCGGAAAUGGUCUUGGAUAAUUCAUCGGAUCCCGAAUCGGGGUUUCUGGGUUUGGAGGAUUGUAAGGUGGAGAUCUCAUCAUCAUCGUCAUCCCCUUCUCCAUCCGACGAAUCAUCUGCGGGUUCAUCAUCGCCUGAAUCAGAUAUUUCCUUCUUGGAUUUCACUGAUUCACAGUGGAAUGACUCGGAGUGCUUGACGUUGGAGAAGUUUCCUUCUGUGGAGAUUGAUUGGGCAUCCAUCUAGACUUAAAUCACAUUGUAAUCUCUGUUUUUAGUCCUUUUUUUAAUUUGGCCUUUUCCAGGGUAGUUCCUCGGUUAUUUAGUUUAGGUUUCAGUUGGUGGCCCAAGUUGUAGCCUCUGCAAUGGGUUUUUUGACAUUGACAGAGGAGCUGUUGAGUCAGUCAGGUGUUGUUAAUGUACAUGUAAGAUAUCUCCAUCUUGGUCUGCUGGUAUUUUUUCUUGGCCGACCGUGGAGAAUUCCUAGUUAUGUUUCGGUUUUCUAUUUUGUAGGCCAGUGUAAUUGAAGUAUCUUUGAAUAUGUAAUGCAUAAGCACUUUCUGUGUCUUGUACAAAAA